AUGGUGAGAAGAGACCUUCACAGGAUUUUUUUAAACAGUUAUCUUCACUUAAUGACAACUUUGUGAAUUUAACUCAGUGUGUGUUUGUUUCUGUGUGUGUGUUUCAGGCUAGUAACUCCACUAACAGCACUGAGGAUACUGCAUUGAGGCACUCUGUGGGCUUUCCUCAUGAUCUGUACACCCAGGCGUCCAAAGCAGCAGUAAGUCAGACUCUAGUGUGGAGGAAUUUGACUUCAUCUGUGUCAAACUAUCAUUCUUUGUUGUGUUUCUGUCUGUUUCUUCCACUUUUUCCUAUUUUUCUUUGACUUUUAUCUGAUUUUUGCUUCUUUUUGUCUUUUUCAGGCUGAGGACAAAGUGAUUUUGACAGUCCAGGUUCUGGAUGAGACCAUGACCCUGUUCAGCAAGAAUCACAGCGCUGCAUCAUGGGAGGAGAGGACAGCCGACAACUUUCUGGGCGUUGUGAGCCGGCAGGCUGACGGCCUUCGCUCCUGUGUAAGUCAGAAUAAACUGAUUCGAUAUAUUUCUGUGACUCUAAAGUCCUGAUGAAUAAGAAAAGCUUUUCAUUCAAGUGUGAAACAUAAGAAGUGUAUUUUAAAAUCUGUCUCUGUUAUUCCUCCUUUAGAUCAAGAAUCAUGGCCACAAGAAGCAGAACAAGAAGCUGCACAUGAGUUUCAAGAGACUGACACAAGUCCUCGAACAAAAGGUAAACCUAUCUAUCUAUCUAUCUAUCUAUCUAUCUAUCUAUCUAUCUAUCUAUCUAUCUAUCUAUCUAUCUAUGAUGUUUAGUAACACUGAUCUUGUGUCUGUAGGGUCAUGGUGCUGAAGUCUGGGAGUUGAUCAGGAAGGAAAUCAAAGCUCAUCUGAUGACGGCCGACCAGCUGAUCUCAUCUCUGCUCAACGCCAACUGA